AUGGAUGCGACGUCUGUAAAACCACUUCUCAUGCGUCUUGCGGCACGCCAAGACGCACCUCGCAUCGCGGAGAUUCACAUGGCGGCUUUUGGCCCCAAUGCCAUGCUCCGUGCCCAGUUUCCAACCCCCGCUGUUCGCCAAGCGCUCCAGACAUCCAUCGAGAACAAGGCCCUCGCCGACAUUGACGACCCUAAAAUAACUGUGCUUGUGGUAACUGCUGGUUCCGAUGAUUCGGAGAAGAGCCUCGACAACGUCAUCUCGUUUGCUAAAUGGUCACACCCCGUAGACCCCGGUGAGGACUACGUUGAGCCGCCCUGGAUAUGGCCAGAAGGCACCGACCUGGACACCCUGGCCGCUUGGACCGCCCUGGCUGCUGAGGCUGAGAGUCGUGCCGUCGGGAGUAUUCCCUGCUACCGUAUGUUUCCCCACGCCAAGCAGCGAAUCACGACCCUUCUCAUUCAAUAUGAGGUUGUAUGCUGGCGGACUGAUGAACAUCUAGGUCUCUCCUUCAUCGGCACCGAUCCCUCCCAUGGUGGCCGCGGAGCUGGAUCCCUUUUGCUCCACUGGGGUGUGCAGCAGUCCAACAAGAGCGGCUCACCAUUGUAUCUAGAGAGCACCGAGGAGGCGGCCGCUUUCUACAAGAAGAAUGGCCUCAUCGCUGGUGAGGUGAUUUCUCUUCCCAUUCGUGUUGACGGCAGUUCCGAGACUCAAAUCUACAAGGAGAUUGUAUUCACCUAUCACCCUACAGUGGAGUAA